AUGAUGAAGAAUCAGAGCAAGCAAGUUACCUCGUUGACGACCACACGUUUGUCGCCACUGGCCAAACCCUUCUCGCUCAACCGGUCUACACUCCAACCAUGUUCAAGUUCCCUUUUUUCAGGGUACCCUUUUCUUGAAUCCCCAAAAGAAGGUGACUUUGAUGGGUUUGCGGAGGAUUUAUUUUUGCCCACUUACUCACCCUUAGACCAUGGGAUGCAAGGAGGGCAUUCUCAAGAGAGCUUGUAUGCCAAAGGAAGUGAUGUUGCUGACUCUACCAUGUUUAAAGAAGGUAAGCAGGCUGUACAUGGGUUGAGUCCCUGCCUAACAGAGUCUGCCGGUACUAGUACAACUGUAGCAGAAGACCUUCUGUCAAAUUCUAAAGGCACAAUGCAUGCAGCUGAUGAAUGUAGCUCUUUUCCUCUUUAUAAUUUCAAGAUUUCUCCACUCAAAUUACUAACAACAGACAUGUUCUCUGCUAAAAACACUUCUCUGAAUCAGUCUUCCAAAAAUAUGGUUGAAAAUGACUCUGACGUGGAUUCUCCUUGUUGGAAGGGAACCAUGGCUUUUUGUGGAACUCCAAUAGAAAAUUCAGGAUCUAUACAAAUUAACAAUGUCGAGAAAGCAACCAGAAAACAUAACAGUUUAAACCCUUUGGCUCCUCAGUUCUUUCCUCGGAUUGGAUAUGCAAAGGACGAAUUUCGAUCUUCCAACUCUUGUGCACCUGUAACUACUAAUUUGUUGUCAGGAGAGCACAUGCUCAUGAAAACUGUUAUGGCUGAAUCCCCUGUAGAACUGAAUAUGGGGAUUGAGCUUCAACCUUCUAGUAACACAUGUGGAAGGGAAAAGGAAGUUGAUAUGAUUCAUUAUCCAAAAAAUAGCUCUGUGGAUCCUGUACUAAAUUUGCACUGUAAGGUGACACAAUCUUCCUCUAAAGAAGAUUGCUCAAUGUCCAAAGGCAAACUUGAAGCUUUUGUGGAUGCUGAUAAUUUGGCAAAGGGAACUAAAGAUCCCAGGGUUUGUAGGUCAAUGAGUGAUGCUUUUACUUCAAAGAGUCAUUCUCGAAUUCCAAUUUUGGCAUCAUCAUCAUCGUCUGGGGUUAGUGUUGUUACUGAUCUUCUAAAAACAUUUGAAGGUAUCUCAAAGUCCUUAAUUAAAUCUCCCAAACCUGAUGUUGGGGUAGUUGUCAGUGUAAUGCAUGUUCUUUCGGAAUUGCUUGUGCAAACAUCCAUAGAUGAAGUAGACUCAAAUAAUGACCAUGGUCAUGAUGAAAUUAUGAUCCAUCAAAUAAUCAAUAACCUAAAUGAUUUUAGCACCAAAAGAUCUGUUCAAAGGAUUCCAACCCUUGAUUCAAUUCCUGCGGAUAGUCCAUUUUGUUAUGAUUGGUCGUUGGAGCUUCCCAAGGGACUUGAAAUGACAAGAAUAGAGACCCUUAAUGAUCCAAACAAACUUCAUCCACAAAAUGAUUAUAUGAAUGAAAAAACAGUUUAUAAAAUGUUUGGUCAGAGUGGAAAGAGUUUUUUAGCACCUAACAGUGAAGAUCAGUACAAAGGCAAUGAAAUUACUCAGGUCAUUCGGAGAAGUCUAGGGAAAGCUCUGCAUUUUGAUAAACACAUGCACCCAGAGGCUUUACUUUUUUUAAACUUAUGGCUUGAUUCUGUAGCGAAACGAUGUUACGGAGAAUAUAAAACUUAUCAUUGCCUUAUGGAAGCUGGGUUGGACGUAAAUUGCACUACUGUUGUGGAUGUUGGGCUCCAUGCUAGGCAUAUCAGUAUUGUGCCCAAUGUGGAUAGUGAAAAAGAGGAAUUUGAUACACACCUCGAACAAUUUCUUUAG